UACCGGAUUGACAUUUCACCAUCACCUCCUCACACGAAUACAUUUCAAUAAAUACUCGAAAGUGAUUACCUUUCCACGUCCAUUCUCAAGUGGAGGUUAUAGCAAAGCUGUCGACAAUGAAGGCUUGUUUGGCAUUUGCGUUAGCCCUAGUGGGAAUCGCUUCCAGCUACCAGUACCCAAAUAAUAUUGAUCAGCAAACAUACGAAGCUCGUAAUCAUGGCGUUAAGCAUCAAUAUUAUGCCGCCACCACCCAGAAACCAAAUUAUCCGAGCAAGGGCGAAUGGGAAUCUCUAAAUCCAGCCUACAGUCCCGAUCCGGAGAAAAUGGAGAAAAUUAAAAAGCAAUGGGAGAAAUUUUACGAAUACCUUCCAUACCUUAAAGGACCUGCUGGACCACCCGGCCGACCCGGUGCGCCAGGAAAAGAUGGGAAAGACGGCUACAAUGGCGCUCCCGGUCUACAAGGACCUCCUGGCAAGGAAGGCAAGUAUGGAGCUCCUGGCGCUCCUAGCGUAGUUCCAGGUCCUCCUGGACCAGCAGGGCCACCUGGAUACAUUGGCAAAGAUGGCGUUGCCGGACCUCCCGGUAGGCCUGGCAAAGAUGGCUCUAAUGGCAAUAACGGAUCACCAGGCACACCAGGCUUGCCGGGCAUUCGAGGCAAUCCCGGUAAAGAUGGUUCGCCAGGAAUUCCCGGCGCUCCAGGCCCAGCUGGACCUGAAGGUAAACGAGGACAAAUGGGAUAUGAUGGCAAGCCUGGACCUGCUGGACCUGCUGGACCACCUGGAGCUAACGGAUAUGAAGGUAAACCAGGCGUACCUGGCGCACCAGGUAACCCAGGCACACCAGGCACACCAGGAAAGCCUGGAUUGGCUGGACCACCUGGACCACCUGGACCUGAAAGGCAAUAUCAGCAGCAAUAUCCUGCACAGCCGCAAUAUCCUGUACAGCAGCAGCAAUAUCCUGCACAGCAGCAGCAAUAUCAGACACAGUCGCCUCCACAGCAACAGAAAUAUCAGCCAGCAGCAAGCGGCGGUUACAAGCAGGGCGGCCAGUAUGAUUAUUAAACCACAAUCAUGUCUGAAUUGAGUAAUCACGGCGCCAUAUUUCUCUAACCUGACCCUUGAUUUCUAUCGUGCUUUUCUUUGGAAUAAUAUAUACACAAGUCAAAUAUUAA